GCCCAAUUCGGACCGUUAAUAGUGCAUAUGCGCUGUGACACGCAGGGAAAAGCGCACCAUGAGCCAAAUACAGAUGUUCUCUUCCUCUCACUCAUAUUUCUGCAGACAAUCCCGGCUGCUGUUAAUUAAGACGAAUGUGCGCCGCGCCUCCGCAGAUAACGAGCGGAGCGAAAGGAUCUCUGCACACACAGGGAGAAGAAGACUGCGGGCCAAAGCUCUGACUGUACCCGCAUUGCAUCACGGACACGACACCCGGUACCCCGCUGUCUUUCUCCCACCUCAACAGGCGCAGAUGAGGAGACUGUAGCAUCUUAUCGCAUAGUUUUGAGGACUCAUGCCGCCGCGCUCUCAGUCACAGCCAGCCAACAGAUGUGCGCCGCUCCGGAGGCGCAAAGCCGGUGAUUUUUACGCGCCUUUCUGAUAACUUUGGCGCGGCAGUAUUUAUGGAUUGCGCAUCAGUGACAGGGCAGCCUCUGGGAUCUGCUAAUAUUUCUCCCUCAGUGGAGUUUUGUGUCACCACCGGGGGCCACAAGCUGCCGGAUCGCGUUAUAUUUUGUAAGUGAGCGCUGCAACCUGUAGCUGUGCGCCUCUUUUUAUUCCAGUCAACAUUCCGCUGAGGCGCAAUGGAGGGACGCAGCUGACGCUUUUGAAUCCCCAAACUCGAGGAGGAGACGGGAAAAAAAGAGCAAAAAGCAGCCCAGAGGAAACAAUGUAUGGGCGCUACACCCAGGAGCUGGGGGUGUAUGCCAAGGAGGAGGCGGCCCGGCUGCGAGAUGGAGGUGUGCGGGACGGCAGUGGCCUGAGGAGGAACACCAGCGUUCGAAGCCGCACCGCAGACCUGCUGGAGUACGAGAAAGAUCCCUGUGCAAAGUGCCAGGUGUGUGCAUCUCGCUGCCAGAAGUUCCUGAUCUCACGGGUGGGAGAGGACUGGAUCUUCCUCAUUUUGCUGGGGCUGCUCAUGGCUCUGGUCAGCUGGGUCAUGGACUACGCCAUCGCCUUUUGCCAAGAAGCACAGAAAUGGAUGCAUGGUGGUCUGGACAGCAACAUGCUUCUGCAGUACAUUGCCUGGGUCUCCUACCCAGUGGUGCUCAUCACUUUCUCUGCAGGAUUCACUCAGAUACUAGCGCCUCAGGCUGUUGGUUCAGGCAUUCCUGAGAUGAAAACAAUACUAAGAGGAGUUGUUCUCAAGGAGUAUCUGACUUUUAAGACCUUUGUGGCUAAAGUCAUCGGUCUGACCUGCGCUCUGGGAAGCGGAAUGCCUCUGGGGAAAGAGGGACCCUUCGUUCACGUGGCCAGUCUAUGUGCUGCUCUCCUGAGCAAAUUCAUGGCGGCGGUUUUCGGAGGGAUUUACAUGCUGAAGGAAGAGCCCUUUGAGGGAAGCAAGAAUGAGCUGAGGAACACGGAGAUGCUGUCGGCUGCCUGUGCUGUGGGUGUUGGCUGCUGUUUUGCUGCACCUAUUGGAGGUGUGCUGUUCAGUAUCGAAGUCACGUCAACGUUUUUUGCAGUCAGGAACUACUGGAGGGGCUUCUUUGCUGCCACCUUCAGUGCUUUCGUAUUCAGAUUGCUGACUGUCUCGAACCAGGAAGAAGAGACCAUCACUGCUCUCUUUAAGACACGCUUCCGUCUGGAUUUCCCUUUCGACCUUCAGGAGCUGCCGGCGUUCGCCAUCCUCGGCAUUGCUUGUGGGUUUGGGGGAGCUCUGUUUGUGUACCUGAAUCGACACAUUGUGGAGUGCAUGAGGAAGCAAAAGACCAUUAACAAGUUCCUGCUGAGGAAUCCGUCUCUUCCUGUCAGGCGGCUGGUGUACCCCGCCCUCGUCACCCUGCUGGUGUCCACGCUCACGUUUCCUCCUGGCUUCGGGCAGUUCAUGGCUGGGCAGUUGACGCAGCACGAGUCUCUGGUUGCUCUGUUCGACAACCGCACCUGGUGUCGCCAGGGUGUAGCUGAGGAGUUUGACUACAUCAGCCACCAUCAUGCCUGGAAACACCCCCAGGUCAACAUCUUCAUCACGCUCAUCCUCUUCAUCGUCAUGAAGUUCUGGAUGUCUGCUGUUGCCACCACCAUGCCAGUCCCGUGUGGAGCCUUCAUGCCCGUCUUUCUUAUUGGUGCAGCAUUUGGCAGAUUAGUUGGUGAAGUCAUGGCAACCAUGUUCCCUGAUGGCAUCCACGGAGAUGUGUAUCCUAUAGUUCCCGGUGGUUAUGCUGUUGUUGGGGCUGCAGCGCUCUCUGGUGCGGUCACUCACACUGUUUCCACAGCGGUCAUUGUGUUUGAGCUGACCGGUCAGAUCUCCCAUAUCUUGCCUGUGAUGAUCGCAGUCAUUCUGGCCAACGCCGUGGCACAAGCGCUCCAACCGUCCCUCUACGACUCCAUCAUUCGCAUCAAGAAGCUCCCAUAUCUACCAGAGCUGGGGAUGGGACAUCACGAGAAGUAUAACAUCCGCGUAGAGGAUAUCAUGGUCCGAGAUGUUCGCUUCAUCACCUUGAAUUCUUCAUACAGAGACCUGCAGGAAAUGCUGCUGACUGGGCAUCUAAAAACCCUCGCCCUGGUUGAAUGUAGAGACUCCAUGAUCCUGCUGGGCUCCAUAGAGCGACUGCAGCUCCAGUCCCUCCUGUCUCUUCAGCUGAGCCGCCAGCGGAGGCUCGAGUACCUUCGUCAGCUGGCCCAGGACAACGGUGCUCACGAUCCCCUGCCCAGUCUGACCUCUGACAGCACCCCCAGCUCCCCUUGCGCCCACGUUCACCUCAACUCUCCCACCAACACCAGUGCUCGCCAAGUUGUCCGCUUCCUGGUGAGCACCCAGCAGAUCUCCACAGAGGAGUCUUCUUCCUUCAGCCCGGUGGCUUCCAAUGCUCAACUUCCUCUGAAAUCUGCCUUGAAAACCGUGUCGGCCAUCAGUGACGCAGAGACGCCAAACAGCUCACAGACCCUCUCCUGUGCGGAUCCAGACAACGAGCUGCUGGAGAGUCCGGCCGGGCCGGCGUCUCCUGACAAAACAAAGCCCAAGCCCAAAGGAGUGAGGAUCUCCAUGGCGGAGUCUUCUGAGGUGGAAGAUUGCAUGACUCCCUCAGAGAUAGCCGAGUGGGAGGAUCAGCAGCUUGAUCAGCUGGUGGAUUUCAAGAACUGCAAGAUUGAUCCCGCCCCCUUCCAGCUGGUGGAGCAAACGUCUCUGCACAAGACUCACACUAUCUUCUCUCUGCUGGGCCUGGGUCACGCCUACGUGACCAGCAUGGGACGGCUAGUUGGAGUGGUUUCUCUCAAAGAGCUGCGUAAGGCCAUAGAGGGCUCGGUCACAGUGACUGGAGUGAAAGUACGCCCUCCUCUGGCCAGUUUCCGUGACAGUGGGAACACCACAAGCGUAUCUGAGGUAACAGAACUACACAAGCUGUGCAUGCGUCACAGAGGGCUGUCCUUGCCACGGGAACCUAAGCCUCCGAACGCGGCGAAAAAGCUGGACCUUUCGUUCAAAGACGUCCCCGUCAGCUUUUCAGACAAGACUGAUUUGCAAUUUGAAAACAGUGAUAACCAGUUGUCAGACCUCGUCCUUCAAGAAAGCCCCUCAUUCACCGAGGACCAAUCAGAGUUUACUUUUGACUGUAGCCCCUCUCACACUGAGGAGUCAGAGCUGGGCUGUGACCAUGACCCUGCCGACCCCGCGCCAGCGCCGGACGAGGUGGAACAAGAGCACAGGAGUCCGACUCUAAACAUGGACCAAUCAGAACCUGGGGGAGAGGGUAGCACUGACCACAUCAAGGACCAAUCAGAAUGCUAAUCUAAAGCUUAUCUAUCCUGUCGCCUCAUCAAUGUAUCUGUUUCUUAAAUUUGCAUCAGUCCAGCCUAGACACUUGUGUUUAUAACCCAGUGAUGUGAGCGAAUGUCUGUUGAUAGGGGAAGGCCGGUUUUAUUUUUUAUUUUUUUUUAGCCAUCAACAGAUUAUUUAUGACAGACCAAAUAUUUCUGUAUUUUCAAAAAUGUCCACAUCAAGGUUUGUUUAUCGUUGGAAAACCAGGAUGGUCCCAGACAUAUGUUGCAGAAAGCCUCCUUUCCCCUCGUGUGCUGCUGAUAAAGUUUGUUAAUGAGAAAGUGUGAAGUCAGAAAGCUUAAAGCACAAGGCUCACAAAUCACAGCUGAACAGCUAAACUGAAUUUGCUGACCAUGUCACAUUGUAGAGGAAAAAAAACAGCAAGUUGGCCUCAACAGGGAAGAAAACGGCUCUGACUAAAAAUAGGUGUGAAGUGUCUAUUUAGGAGUAUUUGCAUUGUUGCAGGGGAGCAAUGUUGAGUUGGUAGGGAAACUCAACAACGACUAGUUAGUGCCUAGAUUGGCUCUAGAUAUUAAUCAGAGUUCUUUCUGAAGUAGCUGGUUACUCGUGAGAUUAACAAACCCCUGAUCACAAAAAGAUCCUCUAUAUCACAGUUGUGGAUUAAACGAAUGGCUUUUUUAUGAUUGUACUAAAGAUUUCAGGUGAAAUAUUUUGCCGAAAUAAUUGGCUCGAGUCAUGUGAUUGGUUAAAAUAAGUACUAUUGAUUGAGAGUAAGCAAAGGGAUGUCUGCUAAUGCAGUUGAGUGCCUCGUUUUCAAGUGGCAAUAUGUAAUCAAUGCACAGUUCCUGGCACAAACAUUACCCUCUAAACUUAUUCUUACAAUUCUAUUUGUCACAUCACAUCUACACACUUCAAUGUAUUUUAUUGGGAUUUUAAGAGGAAUGAGAAAAAAUACUUUAAGAAAUUAAUUUAUGAAUGAAAUGUUUAAAUGUGACAUCUGCCCAUUAUGGUGCUAUAUGCAAAACACUAGUUUUGCAUAUAAACCAGAAAGAUAAGUUUUGCUCUAAUCUGACCAGAGGCCCUUAUUGCCUCCUAUGGUGGCAAUUCAAAACUGCAAACAGAACAUUUGUUGGAUUUUUUUUUUUUCUACUAAUAAUUGCUUUUUCCCUGAGGCGUUUGCAGCAUGGCUGUAUCCUCAGUGUUUAAAAUAAAUGAAACACACCUGGACUCUAUUGUCUAACCAGGAGUCAAUUGGUCACACAUGAUUUUAUUUAGAGAAAUUGGUUGAUUAGACCACACACAUUUUCAUAUUUUUGUGUCUUUUCCCUUUCAGUUCACAAUUAUGUGUUACUCUAUACUGGUGUCUUAAAAUCCCUUUAAAAUCUAUUAAUGUUUGUGAUUGUAACAAACAAAAAGUGUUAAUAGUGACUGAUCAGAGUGCAUGCGUCAUAUUUUAUGAAGACAUAAAUAAAAAAUGUGUUUGCUUCUUUUCUGGUCUAAAAAUCCGGUAAAUACAACAUCAGGUGAGAAACGGCUCAUGGCACAUUGCAUAUUGUCAGAACUCAGAACCACUGUGUGAAUAAUAUACCCACCAUUAUUCAGUGAGCACUAAAUUUAACAGCAGUACCUUACAGUAAUUGUCUUUUCUGUGACCCUCAUUAUAAUUUGCAGGCAGUAGUUCAUGCUCAGAGCAUUUUGUUCAGGUUGAGGUCUGAAAUUACUGAGUACUAUUUUACAUUUUACACAGUGUGCUAAGAUUUUGGUGCAGCUUUCUGAUGUAGAUUUUCAAGAAUCAGUGUUCUAUUAGGUGAAAUAUUAACUCUGUGACAGAUAGUAUCAUAUAUUUUAACUUAGUGUAUGGUUGCAUUAUGGUUCUCCGCCCAGGGUGGUAUUCUCUGGGGCGUGUCAUAUGCCUACUGUUCUGAGCUAAACAAGCCCACUAAUCCCUCCUCUAACACCGUGCCUCAUAGUUGCAGUGAGAUGUUUGCUGAGCUUGAUUGAUUUUACUAAAAAUGGUUUUUGCAUUAUAACAAAACAUUGGUGGCCUUAUUAAUGCAUUUUUCCAUAAGUCUUGUGGUUUGUUUAAAUGUAGGAAUCACAAGAGGUUGUCUCAUUCUAUAUUGUUUAAGCAACAUUUAUUUAUUUAUUUCACAAAAUGUAUUUGUCAAUUUGUUUAUGUUGAUAUUCAACACAAGAAUACUCACAACCUGCAACUUCCCCAAACAACUGCUUUAAUCGGACGGUCGACUUUACUAUUUUUCAGGUAAUCUGGCACGUUUGAUAAGAAGCAACAUGCUGUUACUCAUCAUUUGCAUUUAUAUAAAGCAGCAAUAUUUCCCCUGGUUUCUCACACAGUGUUUCUGCAUUUAAGCUUUGUAGAUAUUAAUUUAUGAUGCUAUAAGAUGUUAUGAGCCGUUACAUUUGAGCCGAGGCUAUUCACCAAAUUUUAAGACCUGUUAAAGACUAAUGCUUUAUUAUGUCCUCCUAACACAAAAAAAUUAGAUAAUGUCCACACCAUUUUUAGGAAAUGUCACUUAAUUGAUAAUAUGUGGUGAAUGUUCAGACAGAGUUGUGCAUAUUUAGAUCUAAGCAACCAUGGCGACUAUAGUUGCGACUGUUCCAGGAGCACAUGAAGCCCCAUUGUCUAAUUUUAGAGUACCGGUACUUUGUUGUUUAAGUCUUUCAAAGGGGAUUUGUUGACAAUAAGAUAUAUCAACACCAGCUUUACAGUUUUAUAUUUGUGUGGGCGUGUGCGUGUGUGUGUUUUAGACGUCUUCAUGUGUGAGCAACCAAAAACUUUCCAUAAUUAAAUCUGGUCCAGUCUCCUACGUUUAAUUAGCCAAAAUAAGGUCCUGUUGAGUUGAAGCCAAGAAAAAGUACAUGAAUUUAUUGGCUCCUGUGCGAGUAAUGUUGGCUAAAAACUGAAAAGAGCAAAUAAUACUGAAAGCACAGAAUGACAAGGGAAUUACUGACAUAAGCACAUGAUGGUAUUGAUCCAAACUACCUAUGUAAGAGCAAUGCACAAAUCUGAGAGCCUCUGUCGGUGACUAAUAAUAAGAUGUGUUGUUGGUUUAUGUGUCAAAUGAAAUGCAAUACAUUCAUGUUAUUAAUAAAGCAAAGGGAAAUUGCAGACUGUAUUAUUUAAGGUAUAUUGUCAUCAGUAUUGGUCUUUCUUUUGAUAUCAGAUACUGGUCUAUGGAUCAGCCCCCAAAAAUGUAUUUCUGGGAUCUGAUCAAACGAUGACAAAGGCAGCUUCCAGAGAUCCCUGCAGCUGGACACAGGGCUCCAACUUAGCAGUAAAGCACAUUGUAAUUAUCAUCUUACACCAGUCACUGUUAGAGCCUUGUUCGGCUUUACAGCGGCUGACUCCGUAAGGACGACAUAGAGAGUCCGUUUCAUCAUCUGAACAUCUUCUGCUGCUGUAUGUGAGUUUAAAGUGCAUGACUAAUGAGGGGGCCUAGUUGCAAAAUUUACAGGCUGUUGUACACACACACACACACACACACACACACAAACACACCCCAACGCUCCUCUGUGUGUGGUCUGUGGGUAUUUACCGUCUCUUUAUAACAGAGUACAUUCAAUCCAGCCUGAGCUCUAAAGGAGCAGUUUAACCACUGUACAAAGCCUGAAAAGCUGUGUGAAUACUGCUGAUGGAUUUAUUUUAGCUUCAACUCAUUUUUUUUUUUAAAUCAUUUGUGAAUUGGCUGCAGGAGGCAUGGGCCAGUAUGAGAUUUUCCUUUUUUUUGCCCUGAGUAAAAAAUACAUUGGUUUUAACAAUGUGAACAGAAACAUUUUCACACAGUAACAUUGUCUAAAUGUGAUUACGACCAUUAACCCUGCUGCUGCUACCCAUACAGACAGCUCACUGAGGAUAUAAAAGUCAGUGUUGUUUAGAUGUUUAUGCAUAAGCUGAAGAAUAAACCCCUGCUGAAUUGAAUAGUUUUCAUGAAUUAUUAUAGAAACUAAGUCUUGACAUCUUUUUUUUUUAACGUCAGACCAACACUGAAAAACUAACAAACUGAUUAAUUAUUCAGGCUGUUGUGCCCAGGUAGCCAUUCUGCUUUGCUGCUGGCUAACAAAAAUACGGCUCUUUGUUUGUCAGCUGUUGAUUCAAAAGAGCAUUACCUUAAUGGAAGUGACAGAUAUUAAUUAAAUUACCGCCUAAAGACUUUUUACGUUUAUCACAACUGAAAAAAAAUUCAGCUGAAUUUGUCUUUUAUUAAUAAUUCGACAAAUUAGAAUGUGCAAAUAAUAUUUUCUUAUUAAAUGAUUUUUGACUUACUGCUAAUGAAAACUUUCAAUUCAUUCUCAGAAAACAAGAGUAUUAUAUAGGACAAAAAAAGAGUAACAUUUUCAAUUGUAGAAAUGUCACCCUAAUAAAAAGUAAGUCCAUACAGUACAUGCACUCAAUAUUUCUGUGUUUUCUCCUUUUGCAUGGAAAACUGCAGUCAAUGGAGGCAAUUAGCCUGUACUACUGCUGUGGUGUUAAGACACCCAGGUUGCUUUAAUAGCAGACUUCAGGUCAUCUAUGUCGAGUCUGGUGUCUCUCAUCUUCCUUCUGACAAUUCCUUAAGGGGUUUUGUUUGCUGGCCAAUCAAGCACAAUAACACAAUGAUCAGUAAGGCAGCUAUUGGUACUUUUGGCAUUGUGGGCAGGUGCCAAGUCCUGUUGGAAAGUAAACAUCAGCAUCUUUAUAAAGCUCAUCAGCAGUGUGAAGCAUGAAGUGCUUUAGGAUUCCCUGAUAUCUGAACUGCACACAGGCAAAUAUUUUCCUUACACUCUUGUUUCCAUUAACAUGUUUGGAUACUGUAAGCAAGCAGAAAUUGCAUUUGGUGACUUACCUUUCUUCUUGUUACAGAGGCUGUCAGUGCCUGUCUAUUCACUGGAUACUGUUCAGCAAUCUCCCCUGUAGUUGUGGAGGCCAAAACAACAUUUCUGUAUAAGUCUUAACUGUAACAUUUAAAUCAUUUCAUUAGCUGUAAGUGAUAUCUGUUAAAAUUCACACCAAGUUGUAUUUCCUGGAUCUAAAGGAGAUAUUAAGUUAUACUUUUUGAAUGGAAUUGGGGAAAUUGACUUUUUAAUACCAUUUUAUCUUAUUGCGAUAAAUGUUUAGUAGCCUUCUACUGAGCAGCUGAACAUAAGUGUGCAGAAACAGGUGGGGUUGAGGGUGCAUUACUCUAUAAGCCAUAGAGCUGGAGAAAAACAAGCAAUCCUUCAUUUUAUCUGACGUCUUAUUAAAAAUUAUUGAAAUCUUGAGAAUGAUCAGAUGUGAAAUUAUCACAGUUUUGUAACAUUUUAAAGUCUUGAUUUACCUUGAUAGUAGUUACUGGCCCAUGCCUAACCUGCAGCAAAUCAGAUUUGUUUUUUUUCUCUGUUUGUGCAAUAAAUGUCUAUCACUUUUUGGGUGCGUAUGGAACAUUCAGUAAUGCUUGCAUUAUAAGGUAAUGUAUAAGGAAUUAAUAGUAGAGAGCAUCUGAGCUAAUUUGCAGCGUAUCUAGUUAAGCAAUAAGUCUGUAGUAUCUCCCUUUAUAUGACACUGGCCUGUAUAUGCUUUGUACAUACAGAAAUACACAGAUGAGGAAAAUCUACAUGCUGAUGUACAUAGGAGGAUUGUGCAUUUUGAACUCAACUACCAUUGUUAUUUUUCAGAGAACAUGAAAUUGUUUUUGUACAUGAAUGAAUAAAUUUAAA